CACACGGGCGGACGUGCGCGGUGCAAAACUGCGGAGUUUCUUCUAGCUGCAACCUCUUAUCCCACCCCGAAUCUGUGGCUCGCGGCGUCCGUCCGUCCCCAUGUCAUCCCCGGCGUGCCGUCCCGGCCUCCCGGCGCCUCGCCGGCAGGCGACGCUCCUCCCCCGCCCCGCCGCUCCCCUCUCCGCCUCGAAGCGGGCUGUUCAUCGGACGAGACCUGCCCACUCCACCUUCGAGUUCUCCUCCUCUCCUGGCCGCCGCCGUCGUGCUCGGGUCAUCUCUUCUUGCCAUGGUGGUAUGGUAGAAAGAAGGAGACUACUGUUGAUCCCUGCAAUUAGUCUCACCAUUGGCUCCCUUCAGUACAGUCUGGAGAAGGGAGCAGCAAAAGCUGAAUUUACUGACAUGCCAGCGCUUCGUGGGAAGGAUUAUGGAAAGACGAAAAUGAGUUAUCCAGAUUACACUGAAACAGAAUCAGGCCUCCAAUACAAGGACUUGCGAGUUGGAGAGGGCCCAUCCCCAAAGAAGGGAGAGACAGUAGUGAUUGAUUGGGAUGGGUACACAAUUGGAUACUACGGUCGCAUUUUUGAAGCUCGAAACAAGACCAAAGGUGGUUCUUUCGAGGGUGGUGAUAAAGAAUUCUUCAAGUUUAAGGUUGGAUCAGGACAGGUAAUACCAGCCUUUGAGGAGGCUAUGACAGGCAUGCGUCCCGGUGGAGUUAGAAGGAUAAUAGUACCACCGGAUAUUGGAUACCCAAAUAAUGACUUGAACAAGUUAGGCCCAAAACCGACAACAUUUUCGGGACAAAGAGCUCUAGAUUUCGUUCUAAGGAAUCAAGGACUAAUAGAUAAAACCCUCCUGUUUGACAUUGAGCUUAUCAGAAUAAUUCCGAGUCAAUAGUAUACGAGGAACUCCUCCUACUGACUCACUGAGAGCUACACCACUGAACACAAGCACAACACUCCAGUACCAUAAUGACCAUGUGCUACUCAAGAUACAUCAGCCUGUCCUAUUUAUGAGUCAAGCACAUUGCUCUUCUAAUUUAAAGGCGUAGCCUACAUUGUAUGUUGCAUAUCAAUAUAUAUGCCACACUUUUUUCAAUGGUGCUAGCGCAAUACUCUAUGCUUGUUACUCCUACAAGAUGAACAAGGCCUUGGUAUUCUAUCGAAGCAUAUAUGGGGUUGGGAAGCA